AUGGGAAACUGGUCGGAGUUGCCACCGGAAAUCAUCCACAUAAUCUCUGUAAGAGUUGACAACCCCUUCGAUCUGAUCCAUUUCCGGUCGGUAUGUUCAUGGUGGCGUUCCUCUAGUCUUCCCACAUUUCGACCUAUUCCAUCACUUAGAUGUCCUCUUCCCCCAGAUGUCGGCGGCUGCGGAGAUGACUGCCAUAUCUUGAGAAGUCGUGUUUAUCUAAUCAAGUCUCUUUCUCACGUGCCUCACCGGUUUUGGUUGUUUAAGCUGCAAGAUGAAGAGAAUGGAGAACUUGCUUUGCAAAGCUUGUUCAGUAGAACAACCUCCUCUGAGUGGGGAUGUUCAUAUCCAAGUCUGUCACUUGACUUGCUCAACUCUCAAGUCACUGAGCUAGCUUAA